AUGGAUAUUCACUCGAUGGGUCAACGUAUCGUGGUGAGUGACAGUCAGGAGUCAAUUCACUUCAUGCGCUACAAGAAACUAGACAAUCAGUUGUCGAUCUUCUGCGAUGACACCUCGCCCAGAUUUGUCACGAGUGUCUGUAUUCUCGACUACGACACUGUUGCCGUUGGUGAUCGCUUUGGCAAUAUUGCCGUGUUACGAUUACCGAAAGGAGUUACCGAGGAGGUACAGGAGGAUCCAACAGGAGUUAGAGCCUUAUGGGAUCGGGGCAAUCUGAAUGGUGCUUCGCAAAAGGUGGAACAUAUUGCGCAGUUCUAUGUGGGCGAUGCAAUUACAUCGAUGCAAAAGACAUCGUUAGUUCCGGGUGCGAACGAUUGUUUGGUGUAUACGACAAUAUCGGGCAUCAUUGGCAUGUUGGUACCGUUCAUGUCGAGAGAUGAAUUUGACUUCUUCCAAAAUCUGGAGAUGCAUCUUCGUGUCGAAUUCCCUCCACUGUGUGGACGUGAUCAUCUAGCGUUCCGAUCGUUCUACUUCCCAGUCAAGUGUAUUAUUGAUGGCGAUCUCUGUGAACAGUAUGCUCUGAUGCCGCUCGAUAAACAAAAAUCGAUUGCUGAAGAAUUGGGCAGAAAACCGACUGAGAUUCACAAGAAAUUGGAGGAUAUUCGAACUCGAUAUGCAUUCUAA